CCUCCAUCAUGCCACCCAAAUUCUACGUGAGUGAUAUAUCAAAGUCGUGGACCUCGGGUGCACCUGAGGGGCCCUGUGCACCACAGACCGCUUGGCCCUCAGAUCCCUCCUGGGUCUUUUGACAAGAAAGUUGGUGACAGCAUCACCAAGGCACUGGUAACUGGAAAGGUGUGAAGAUCAGGGUGCAACUGACCAUUACAGGCCCAGAUGCCUGAUCAUCAAUGCCCUCAAGGAGCCACCAGGAGAUAAAGAAGCAGGAGAACAUUAAACACAGUGGGAAUAUCACUUUUGAUGAGAUUGUCAACAUUGCCUAGCAGAUGUGUACUGACCUUUAGUCUGGGAACAUCUGUAACGAGGUGGUCCUGAAUACUGCAGUCUGUGGGCUGCAAUGUGGAUGGAUGACAUCAUAGAUGAUGUCAGCAGUGACACAGGGUAUGGUCAACUUAUUAAGAAGCAGCAAUCAAAAAUAUUAAAGGACUAAAUUAAAAAACCAAACAGCUGGUGUGUCCAUAUGAUGGCGCACAGCGUUUGAGCUAUGGAAGGGAAGCAUCUCAGAAGUGAAAUGAGCCAGAGCACCGAUGAGAGGCAAAUAUGGCAUGGUGCUUGUUAUGAAUCCUCUGCUAGCCUCUUUAGGUCGCAAGAAAAAUAACUCAUUGAAAAACAAGCAAAAAGACAGUAUGUACCCAAAGUCUCAGAGAAUAGAAAAAUCUCAAAAGGAUAGGUCUGAGGAAAAGGACCUGGGGUUAACCACUGUCCCAGCACAUCUGUGCUGGUUAGCUUCUGUCAACUUGACACAAAUUAAAGAAGAUGUCUGGGGAGAGGGAGCCUCAGUUAAGAAAUGGCUCCCGGACGCCGGCCGGACUUGGGGCCCGGCUUGCCACCAUUCGAUGGGAGCGUAGGACCCGAGGUCAGGGGAGUCACAGGUACACCAGGGGUUGGAAAAACCACACUAGGCAAAGAACUUGCAUCAAGAUCAGGCCUGAAGUACGUUAAUGUGGGAGAUCUAGCUCGAGAAGUGUGAUCACCUGAUAUCAUGGAGUCUGGCAAGAUGGCGUCUCCCAAGAGCAUGCCGAAAGAUGCACAGAUGAUGGCACAAAUCCUGAAGGAUAUGGGGAUUACAGAAUAUGAGCCAAGAGUUAUAAAUCAGAUGCUGGAGUUUGCCUUCCUACGAUACGUGACCACAAUUCUAGAUGAUGCUAAAAUCUAUUCAAGCCAUGCUAAGAAAGCUACUGUUGAUGCAGAUGACGUACGAUUGGCAAUUCAGUGCCGUGCUGACCAGUCUUUCACUUCUCCUCCCCCGAGAGAUUUUUUAUUAGAUAUUGCUAGACAAAGAACCCCUUUGCCAUUGAUCAAGCCAUAUUCAGGUCCUAGAUUGCCACCUGAUAGAUAUUGCUUAACUGCUCCAAACUAUAGGCUUAAGUCUUUACAAAAGAAGGCCCCUACUCCUGCAGGAAGGAUAACAGUUCCAAGGUUAAGUGUUGGUUCAGUUUCUAGUAGACCAAGUACUCCCACACUAGGCACACCAACUCCACAAACCAUGUCUGUUUCAACUAAAGUAGGUACUCCAAUGUCCCUCACAGGGCAAAGGUUUACAGUACAGAUGCCUGCUUCUCAGUCUCCUGCUGUAAAAGCUUCCAUUCCUGCGACAUCAGCAGUUCAGAAUGUUCUUAUUAACCCAUCAUUAAUUGGGUCCAAAAACAUUCUUAUUACUACUAAUAUGGUAUCACAAAAUACAGCCGAGUCAGCAAAUGCACUGAAAAGAAAACGUGAAGAUGAUGAUGAUGACGAUGAUGAUGAUGAUGAUGACUAUGAUAAUAUGUAAUCUAGCCUUUAUGCAUGUAACCUGUAUUCUUGGUCUUGGGUCCAUUGUAUUGAAAUUUAAAAAGCAUGUUAGAUGUUUUAAAGCUGUACUUUAGAAAGUGGUAUUUAAUAAGUAUACUUACUUUGCUUUUUGGUUAAAAUGUUCAGUUUUACUAAAACUAGUAAUGGUUUUUCAUCAACCUUUAUGCAUAAAAAAUAAAAUUGUCGUUUAU